GCGGGUCUGGGGGCGCCGCGGCCUGGCCGGCGCCCCGCCCGCGGUCCCGCUCCUCCCCGCGCGGCCCCACUUGUGGCCCCGCCGGCGGCCGCGCAGGGACAGCUGCAUUUCUCGCCGCCCGCCGCUAGGAAGCUGGCCUCGCCUCGCAUUCUCCGCCUCCCGCGCCCCAGCCGCGCCGCCGCGCCGGGCCCGCCGCCGCCACCGCCGCCACCGCCGCCGGCGCGGGAUCGCGGCCCCUCCCCCGCCCGCCGGCCCCUCGGGCCCGCGGGGCAGCGGACGCGCGUGGCGGCUGCUCGGUGGGACCGUCGGUGGAGCCGGCUCCAGGAUGCCCCGGGGGUGUGGAUGACCAGCCGCCCAGCCCGGAUGCCGCCGCCCCGCGAGGGCCGCUCCCCGAGGGCCGCCGGUGGCCCCGCGCCCUAGCCUCCUGACCCGGGGACCCCGCGCGCCCCGCCCCGCCCCGGCCGCCCAGGGGAGCGGGAGCCACGGGAAGGAGCCUCCCGAGCCCGCCGAGCGAGCGGCCACGGCGCAGGGACCCGGGGGCAGGAGCUCGGCGCCGGCCGCCAACAUUUUCCCCCAGCGGCUCGGCAAAAUGACCAGCCUGUUCCGCCGGAGCAGCAGCGGCGGCGGGGGCGGCGGGGGCGGCGGCUCCGCCGGGGCGCGCGGGGCCGGGGCCGGGGCCGGGGGCGGCGCGCCCGCCUCGCAGGAGCUCAACAACAGCCGGCCCGCCCGCCAGGUGCGCCGCCUCGAGUUCAACCAGGCCAUGGACGACUUCAAGACCAUGUUCCCCAACAUGGAUUACGACAUCAUCGAGUGCGUGCUGCGCGCCAACAGCGGCGCCGUGGACGCCACCAUCGACCAGCUGCUGCAGAUGAACCUGGAGGGCGGUGGCGGCAGCGUCUACGAGGACAGCUCCGACUCGGAGGACAGCAUCCCCCCGGAGAUCUUGGAGAGGACUUUGGAACCUGAUAGCUCCGAUGAAGAACCCCCGCCCGUAUACUCCCCGCCAGCCUACCACAUGCACAUGUUCGACAGGCCUUACCCGCUGGCUCCCCCCACCCCACCUCCCCGCAUCGAUGUGCUGAGCUCCGGACCUGCUUCGAGCCAGAGGCACUAUCGUAACUGGAACCCACCACUGCUGGGCAACCUCCCGGAUGACUUUCUCCGCAUCCUGCCCCAGCAGCUGGACAGCAUUCAGGGUAACACUGGGGGCUCCAAGCCCACGAGCGGAGAGAGAGGCCUGCCCCCCGUGGCUGGGCCCGGGUCCCGGGACCAGGAGAACCGCUGGAAGCAGUACCUGGAGGACGAGAGGAUCGCGCUCUUCCUGCAGAACGAGGAGUUCAUGAAGGAGCUGCAGCGCAACCGGGACUUCCUCCUGGCGCUGGAGAGAGAUCGUUUGAAAUACGAGUCCCAGAAAUCCAAAUCCAACAGCAGCAGCAGCAGCAGCAGCAGCAGCGUGGCUGUGGGAAAUGACUUUGGCUUUCCCUCUCCUGCCCCAGGAACCGGUGAUGCCAAUCCUGCUGUGUCUGAAGAUGCCUUAUUCAGGGACAAGUUAAAACACAUGGGAAAAUCCACCCGGAGGAAGCUGUUUGAGCUGGCCAGGGCCUUCUCCGAGAAGACCAGGAUGAGGAAGUCAAAGAGGAAACACUUGUCCAAGCACCAGUCGCUGGGAGCUGCGGUGUCAACGGCUAAUCUGCUGGACGACGUGGAGGGUCACACUUGUGAUGAAGACUUCCGGGGAAGGCGUCAGGACGCACCCAAGAUGGAGGAAGCCCUACGGGAAGGACAGUAAGAGAUGCCAGCAGUUCCUCCUCACCGGACAAGAUCUGACCUGGCAGAGGCGGCUGGAGAGCAAAACCGGCCCCCAGCUGAAGGGCCCAGCUGCAGCCGGACAGAUGGUGCUUGAGUACUGAGGCCUCGUGAUUCUCCGGCCCCAGUCCAGCCCAGCCACUGCCACUGCCACUGCCACUUUCACGGGACUUAGAACUUUGGAGUUUUGUGCUGUGAUUGGAGGAAGGACCUGGGGCCCCUAGGGGCAGCAGCCAAUCAUGGCCCCUUUUGUAGCCAGGCUGUUCUAUGGGCAAUGAGCAGAAAUGCAGGAACCACCAUCAACUUGACCCCCCCCCCCACCCACCUU